AUGGAUCCCGGCAAAAAGUAUGCUCCAUACAAGCCAUUGGAUAUGCCAAACAGACAAUGGCCAACAAAGGUACAAAAGACUGCUCCAAUUUGGACUUCAGUCGAUCUACGAGAUGGAAAUCAAGCUUUGGUAAAUCCAAUGUCACAGCAACAAAAGUUAAGAUUUUUCUCAAAGCUAGUCGAAAUCGGUUUCAAGGAAAUCGAAGUCGCUUUCCCAAGUGCUUCUGAUACGGAUUUCAACUUUGUACGAACGAUCAUCGAACAAAAAAUGAUUCCAGAUGAUGUUUACAUUCAAGUUCUCACACCAGCACGCGAGGAAUUGAUUCGAAGAACAUUCGAAUCCAUCAAAGGUGCCAAGAAUGUUAUCAUGCAUAUGUACAAUGCUUCAUCUCCCCUUUUCAGAAAUGUUGUCUUUGGAAAUUCACAAGACAAAACAAUUGAAUUGGCCGUUACACAUACAAAUCUAGUCAGAGAGCUUAUCGAUCACUACAGCAAGCCUGAAAACGGAGGAACAAAUUUCAAGUACGAAUACAGUCCCGAAACAUUCACUCAAACCGAAAUGGACUUUGCCGUUCGUCUUUGUGAAGAAGUACGAAAAGCAUGGGGAAGAGCAUCAGUCGAUAAUAAGAUCAUCUUUAACCUUCCAGCAACAGUCGAGAUUGGGCCUCCAAAUCAUUACGCUGAUCAGAUUGAAUAUUUCUGCACACAUAUUUCCAAACGUGAGGAAAUCAUCAUCUCUCUGCAUCCCCACAACGAUCGUGGAUGUGCUGUAGCAGCGGCUGAAUUAGGGUGCUUGGCCGGUGGAGAUCGUAUCGAAGGAUGCGUGUUGGGUAACGGAGAACGUACAGGUAAUGUCGAUCUAGUCACCUUGGCUCUCAAUCAAUUCACACAAGGCAUUAAACCCGGACCGAUUGAUCUAAGUGAUCUGCAAUCUGUUGUUGAUGUCGUUACAAGCUGCAAUGACUUGCCUGUCCAUCCUCGUCAUCCUUAUGCCGGUGAAUUGGUCUUCACAGCCUUCAGCGGGUCCCAUCAAGAUGCUAUCAAGAAAGGUUUCGCAGCACAGGAGAAACGCAAAGAAGAGGGAAACCCAGUUUGGGACGUCCCUUAUCUGCCAGUCGAUCCAGCCGACCUUGGUGCAACAUACGAAGCUGUGAUCCGUGUCAACAGUCAAAGUGGAAAAGGUGGUGUGGCUUAUUUGGUGGCCCAAAGUCUUGCACUCGAUUUGCCUCGUCGUAUGCAAAUCGCAUUUUAUCAAGUUGUACAAGAAGUCGCUGAUCGUACAGGUAAGGAAAUGACGAUUGAUGAUAUUACCAACAUCUUUACAAGUACAUACCACGUUCCAAGCUUGACGACCGGAAAGAAUGAAGGUAAAUACGUUUUGCGCUCUUUCCGCAUGUCUGACGAUCUACCACAAACACCAAACAGCGCGAAUGGCUUGCAGCAUAGCAUCAGCUCACUAUCGUCAAACCGAUCGAACGAAGAUCCUGGAGCAGAAACACCACGUUACGUUCGCUUGGAUGCGGUUGUUUUGUGUGCCGGCAAAUCUCACGAGAUUUCUGGACGUGGAAAUGGUCCUUUGAGUGCAAUGUUGGAUGCUUUGGAAAGUGCAUUCGGUAUCUCUGCAAAUGUUCGUGAAUACAAUGAACAUGCUAUCGACAGAGCAGGAAUUAUUGCUCCUGCUUCGCAAAAAGCUAGCAAAGAAAAAACAAGAAGUCAAGCUGCUUCUUAUGUCGAAUUGGUCGGUGCAGAAGAAAACAAAGCAAAUCAAAAUGGUGGUACGGUACGCAAAGAAGGAUGGUGGGGUGUGGGUAUCGAUGUGGACAUUACUGCUUCAAGUUUGAAAGCUAUUUUGAGUGCUCUUGCCAAUCUUGAAGCUGGUAAAGCUGUUUUCGAUCAAGCACAAGCUGCAGUUCAGUAA